AUUGUGGCGCACCUCGUGUGGCCCCCCAUGGCGGCAGCGGAAAGAGGACAGCUAGGCUCUAGCUUGUGACUCUGGGACUUGAGAUCGACCUCCCUGCCCACGCAAGAACCCGACAGCGGCCCCUCCACGAUUCGAAUUUCCCAGAUCGCCCUUGAUUGAUUGUAGGGCAGGGACUUUGCUUCGGCCCCGAUACCGUUCACCGCUUCAAAUUCAGCGUGCUGCGCACGUAACGAGUCGCAUCCAUGCGUUGGUCUUCGCUUCCCGCCGCGCUCGUCGCGGCGCUCGCCUGGACGACAAAUGCUCAGAGCGAUGGUAACGAGAACAUCAAGAGCGUCUCGUUGCGCACACACACCUUGGUUCAGCCCUACCUUGAUUCUGACAUGGCGAGUCGCUGGUUCGACUUUGGAGGGGAUACAGUGAUCCGCACAGACUCUCAUGUCCGCCUCACAUCCGACCGUCCUUCGCAAUCCGGCUGGCUGUUUUCCCGCGUCCCAUUGACGGCGACCAACUGGGAGGUCGAGGUCGAGUUCAAGGUCUCGGGCCGCAACCAAUUGUACGGCGAUGGCUUCGCCAUGUGGGUGACCCGCCAGCGCGGCGUGCAGGGUAACGUGUUUGGCCAUACGGACAACUUUGAGGGUCUCGGUGUGUUUGUCGACACGUACAAGAACAACCGCCCCGGCGUCGUCUUCCCCUAUGUGAUGGCCAUGUUUGGCGAUGGGCAGACCAGCUACGACAAGAACAACGAUGGCAAGGCGUCCGAGUUUGCGGGCUGCUCGGCGCGCGGCAUCCGCAACGCCAACCAGCCCACGAAGCUGCGCCUGACCUACUUCCAGGACAAGCAGCUCAAGCUGGAGCUCCAGUACAAGAACGAGAACGACUGGCAGCUGUGCUUCGACGCGGACUCGCCCCCUGCCAUCCCCAACAUUGCGUACCUGGGUUUCAGCGCCGAGACGGGCGAGCUCAGCGACAACCACGACAUCAUCUCUGUGCGCGCCAAGAACCUCUACAACAGCCCGAUUGUGGGUGGCAGCAGCAAGUCGACGCCCGGCAACAAGAACAAGUCAACAUCGCGCGCCAAGCAGGGCGGUGGGGGCUGGAUGUGGUUCUUGGCCAAGAUUGUCCUGUUCGGCAUGGCUGUCGGCGGUGCGUACGCUGGAUGGGUGGCAUAUCGUUCGAGGAGCAAGUCGCACCGUUUCUAGGUCAUGGUAUAGUGGCGUCAACGGAUGGAUCUAGGGUGCACGGCGGCAUAUGGGAAAGUUUGCCUGGGAUGCAUGGGUUUGGGUAGCGUGGCUUACGGCUGUGAGAGGUUGUGUCUGGGGUUUGCUACUCGGCAAUUGUAGUGUAUGACAUAGGGGCACAAUGAUUUAGCAAGCAGACCUUCACUCUCAACCGACAGUCUAUGUACAGCUAAGAUUCAUGCAGCCGGGAAUGUUUCGCAAUCAAUAACGAGGCAACGGAAAUAAUCCCAUGUCUGC